AUGCCUUGUUGCGUGUCUUCAUGUCAGAGACCGCUCGAGCUGCAAGAUGCAUACGCAGACACACAGCUCAACAUGACUUGUUCAAUCGGAUUCACUCGAUCGCUUCAGAUCAGUCCUUUGUCAAAGAGGUAGCAGACCAUUUUCAGCGAUUCCCAGUGAUACCCAAUCAGCGAUGUGGGAACUGGUACUGUGAUCCAUCGACUAGCUCUGAUAUCUAUGCAUACUUUAAAAGCACAGACGGACACACCUUGAAAUGGGAUUUCAAUUUAAGGAGGUCGAACCUUCCGUUUGCAGGGCACAUACGGAAUGCAGGAGGGAUCAUUCUUGUCGAUUCGACUCGUAGAGGCAAAAGAAUGCCAGAUGCGUUGUCCAAGACUGUACCCGCGUGGUGCACCGUGAUCAACCGAGCCAUUGCGUCAAAGUACGGCACGCCCUUGGAGCCGUCUCUUUUCCUCCCUCCAGCCAUAGUAUCAGCCUCUGAAAAGAGCCAGAUCGAAGCGCUCAUACCAACAUGGGUAGAAUCAUUACUGAGCUCAUCCCUGACUCUGCCUGCACUCGAUGAACCACUACGACCAUUCUUCAUACAUCCAUCUACGACCACGCUACCUGUCAUUCCGCGUGAUGCUGCGUAUCUUCCGGUUAUUUGCCUUUCUGCAUCUCGAUGGGUCGGAUCGCAUUCGGAUGACAUCCCAACAUUUACCAGGAUAGGUAAAGAAACGGUAGGAUUCGAGUACGUUCCUGGAGCGGGAGACGAUGAUGAGCUAUGGGCCAGAGGUCUCACGCCGAAGUUGUUCCACGAGCAUCGGAACACACUGCUCAAGACGCCAAGGGAUGAACUCUGUGGUGUGGUAGAGGAGCUGGUGAUGGGCAAGCUUGUGGCAAGUACAGUCGACAUCAACUUGUGCGAGAGCAGUCGAUCGAGUAUGAUACUGGGAUACCCUGCACCAGAUUCACGGCUCGCGCUGGACCUCGGUCUUCCGCUGUGCAACUCCCAGUGGGAGUCACCAAUGACAGAGGCGAUCACAAUAUACGUUGUCCAGGUGGACAGGCUACCGAAGGAAAUAGCCACUGUAGCUUCUCUCGACUCGUCAGGUCACAAUCGCCUGGUGAUCUUGUCUAAUCCUCGUGGAGACGGCAAACGGUACCUUGAAUCAAUGUCAGCAGCCCUUGAAGCCAUCCAGGGUCUGUUAGAGUGGCAACCGGUCAUCAUAGCACCCGGACACCAAACCCAUAUCGACGUCGCUGUAGCCUUUGCCGGCGAUCAACGUCAUGCAGACUCCUCCCAAUCCACUUGGACACCGGUCAAAGAUGAAUGGAUCUCUUCUCGCAAAGUCAUUUUACCCCUUAUCGUGGCGCUCGCAUGCCGAUUGGAUCAGCGAAAGACCGAUGAAGUAAUCAAUAAAGAUACCAUCGCGAGCCAUGUACAGCGUUUGGUGACCUUGUGGCCUGAUAGUAACCCUCCUCGAGCUGCGUUGAAGAGAGUCAAUGAGGUAUUGAUGAGUGAUCCGAGGUGAAUAUUGUAUAUUGUACGGCAAUGCAUGGGUGUGU